AAUUGUUAAGAAUUAUUCUGGAUCCUGGAUCAGGAGUAAACUAUGGAGUAAUUUGAACAAGGAAACUUUAGGGAAUAAUUAACAAUAAAAAAGGAUUGGAGUAAUGAGAGCUGUAUUAGUAACAAGAGAACCCAAAAGAAUAUAGAAAUAGCAGAUAUCAUAGCAGAUUAAAUAUUAAAUAAUAAACUGCAUAAAAAUCAUCGCUUCUGGUCUGAGCUGAGUCUCCAAGGAAGAGUUCCCCCAAAGGACUGAGAACCUGUCCUUGUUAGAGAAGACAUAGCUGGGGUUCACAAGAUGGCAGGGAAGUCACUUGUUGCUUUCCCAGGGAAUGUGCUGGACUUUUGCCUUCUGAGGUCCCAGAAAAAGCCUCAUUUGGAAAGUGUCAAAUGAGAGGCGCACUUAUCAGCAAACCGUCCAGCAGAGUGGAGUCCUAGGGGUGCUGCUGACUGCCAUGGUCCUCAGGAGCCUAGUGCCAAAGAAGCCCUUAGCACUGGAAACAAGAAGCAAAACCAUGACUCCUGUUGUGUCUCAGCAAUUUGUGCUGGCUAUUGGGAAAACAUUAAAGGGCCAGAUAUAUUUUUCUCACAGGCAAAAAGGAAUUUUUCACACAGGAAAGAGCAAUUUUGUAGUGUGUGAAUAAUUGACUACCUUUGAUCUCCCAGACUGUUCACAGAUUUGCUGAUUUGCUAGGAGGCCCACAGGACUCAGCAUAUAUUUAUAGUCUUGGCUCUGAUUUAUUACUGUGAGAGAACCUGAAACAAAAUUAACAAAGAGAAAAAUUGCAUGGGGCAACGUCUGAAGGAAACCAGGUUCAAGCCUCCUGAAGAUGCGUUUCCUUUCUCUCACAACAAUCAUGACAAUAUCCUGAAAUGUCAACCAGGGAAAUUCAUUAGAGUACUGAGGGGCUGACCACUUAGCCAUGUCCUGCCUGGCACAUACCAGAAUUCUAGCCUUUGAAAGAAAAGCAGGUGACCAACAUAUUGUCAUAUUUUCUGUUGUUUGCACAAUAGUGGUCAUGAUAAUGCAAGACUAUGUUUCAGGAUAAAUGAUUUAAUAGAAAAUUAUACCUCUGCUCAUUUUAGGAAGUUUGUGACUUACUGUUGUAUAGCACUUGUCUGAACAUUUGCCAAUCAUUGAGUUAAAAAUAACUGGUUUUAUUUUGCUUUGGGAGAUGUACUAGCAAAAUUUCUAGUUCAGACGUUGAUAAUUCAGAAUAGUGGAUUGCUUUUGUUACAUUUUGUCCUAUUUUUCUUGGACAAUAGUUUUUUAUUCUGUAUUACUUUUCUUAAAAAAAGAGUACAUUCACAUUCCCCACCAAAAUAAACAUUGUUCUCAGAAAAAGUCCUAAAGUAAAUGACAGCUGUCUUUCAUGACAUUUAUUUGUGAAAUAAAAUUGUUUAGCGUCUCACCUUAACAAUCUUUUGUUAAUCUAGUGGCAUUGAAGAAAAUGUAUUUAAAUUGCUAAUGGACGCUGAUUUUUCUAGUUAAAAGAGAAAAAGCAUUCUUGCAGUUCAUUGAUAUUAUUGACAUGUGUUGAGUCUUUCAAUGUGAGAUAUUUUGAGAGUAUUAUAUAAUUUUAGGUUAGCAUUACAAUUUAAGAAAAUGGAUGGUGUAUUAAGUAUCAAACCCAAAGGAAACACCAACUGAGGAAAUUAAUUAGGAGUAUGUUUGGCAUUGAUUCAACAGAUUGAUCAUUGAUAAUUGGAAAUAUUUUAAUAUACAUUGGUAAGUUGGUCUCAAUGAAUUGUGAUUUUUAUACAGUAUAUUUCAUACAAUGGUAGUUGUACCAUAAGAUCUAGAUAGCUCUCUCUUCAAAAUAAAAUGAAUUUAUGUUAACCUUAAACAUUUUAAUUUUAACUUGAAAUAUGAGUGCCAGUCAUUUGACACAUUUAAUUAAGGUGUGGUCCCUUGAAUUCUAGAAUGUCUUUUGCUUAUACCAUACCAAGAAUGAAUAGUAUGAUUUCCUUAAAAUGGACAAUGCCUAAAGAAUGCUGGUAAGUAGUAUGAGUAAAAAGAAUUCUAGCUCAAUUUUGUUCAAAUUACUAGUUUCAGAUACGUACAGAAUUUGAAUAUUUAGAAAUAUAUACAGCAGUUAUGACAUUGCCAUAAAUCUAAGCAGAUGGUUAGGAGCUCUCACCCUGAAUGAACUGGCUUGGGUUCUGCUGAAAGCAAAUGUUAUAGGAGCUACAUGGGUCUACAAACAAUUUAAUAUUUUAAAAAAGGGAAAAGGAGUUCCUCACUAGUUUGAGAAACAAUAUUCUAGAUGGUUUGAUGAGUUUUUCUCUCUAUGAUUUUCUUUUUUUUUUUUUUUUUUGGUACCAGGGAUUGAACUCAUGACCUCACGCUUGCCAGGCAGGCGCUUAUGCCGCUAAGCUAAAUCCCCAGCCCCAACUCCCUAUGAUUUUUUUAUUCUCACAUCUAAUUUAGUAAUAAUUUUUGAAGUGACUUCCUUUGUUUUUUCCUAAAGCAUUUAAUGUUCUUAGACUAAACGGUUGUCUCUUUACAGUCAUGUGUAUUUGCUCCCUUUAAAAAUUAACCAGGACGUGAGUUCUAGUACCAAUGCAUCUGGUACAAACUGGUUUGGCAGCGAAUAUGACUGACUCUCAAAGGCCAUUCCUCUCAACUGUGGAGAGAAAGAAAUGCAGAAUGGGCUUCAGAGAUGAAGCAGCUGGGUAUUUUCAUAAAGCAGUGAAGCUAAACCCUGAUUUCAGUGAUGCAAAGGAGAAUUUUUAUCGCGUUGCAAACUGGUUGGUGGAACGCUGGCACUUUAUCAUGCUUAAUGACAGCAAGAGGAAUAUGAUUUAUAAUGCAGCAAUCCAAAAGGCAGUGUGUUUGGGAUCCAAAACGGUUUUGGACAUUGGAACAGGAACUGGAAUUCUGAGCAUGUUUGCUAAGAAAGCUGGAGCUCAAUCAGUGUAUGCCUGUGAAGUAUCCAAAACAAUGUAUGAACUUGCCUGUGAUAUAGUGGCAGCAAACAAGAUGCAAAAGGGGAUACAGCUCCUACAUAUGAAGUCACUUGACAUAGAAAUCCCAAAACACAUUCCUGAAAGAGUGUCCCUAGUUGUAACAGAAACUGUCGAUGCAGGUUUAUUUGGAGAAGGAAUUGUGGAGAGUUUGAUUCAUGCAUGGGAGCAUUUACUUUUGCAGCCAAAGAUUAAAGGUGAAAGUGGUAAUUGUGAGAAGUAUGGGAAAGUUAUACCAGCAAGUGCUGUUAUAUUUGGGAUGGCAGUAGAGUGUGUAGAGAUAAGAAGACAUCAUAGAGUGGGUAGUAAGGACAUUGCUGGCAUCCAUUUACCAACAAAUGUGAAAUUUCAGAGUCCUACCUAUUACUCAAUAGAUACUGAAGAAGCAGUAGAACCUUAUACAACUGAAAAGAUGAGUCGAGUUCCUGGAGGGUAUUUGGCUCUGACAGAAUGCUUUGAAAUUAUGAAAGUAGAUUUCAACAAUCUUCAGGAAUUAAAAAGUCUUGCAACCAAAAAACCUGAUAAGCUUGGUAUUCGUGUUAUUAAAGAGGGUGUACUAGAUGCCAUUAUAGUUUGGUUUGUGCUCCAGCUUGACGAUGAGCACAGUUUGUCCACAAGUCCUAAUGAGGAAACAUGUUGGGAACAGGCUGUUUACCCUGUGCAAGAACUUACAGAUUAUAGGGUAAAGCCUGGGGACCAUGUAACAAUGGAAGUAUCUUGUCAAGAUUGUUACCUAAGAAUCCAGAGUAUCAAUGUUUUGGAUUUGGACCAUGAAAUGGAAGUUUCAAAAAGUUGUGCCAAGGAUAAAGACUUACUAUCUUUAGGAAAUGAGGCUGAACUCUGUAGUGCCCUGGCUAACCUUCAGACCAGUAAAUCAGAUGGGGUGGAGCAGAUGUGUGUGUUGGAAUCUACAGAAAUUGCUUUACUUAACAACAUCCUGUAUCAUGAAAGCUUUAAAAUGGCAAUGAGAAAAGUGUUGUCUUCAUUGACCCCAGAGAAAUUGUGUCAGAGCACGGAUACUCACUGUGAGGAUAAUGAAAUGAGCUCUGAAACGUCUCUGAAACAGAGAAGCCCCGAACCUUUCUAUGUGUUGGAUGUGUCUGAAGGCUUCUCUAUUCUGCCUGUAAUUGCUGGCACACUUGGGCAGGUGAAGCCUUAUAGUUCUGUGGAGAAAGACCAACACCGGAUGGCUCUGGACCUCAUUGCUGAAGCCAGUCACUUUCCUAAAGACACCCUUGAGUUUUGGCUGAGACAUGUGGAGGAUGAAUCUGCUGUCUUGCAAAGGCCUAAGUCAGACAAAUUGUGGAGCAUAAUUAUAUUGGAUGUCGUUGAGCCUUCUGGGCUCAUUCAGCAGGAAAUAAUGGAAAAAGCUGCAAUAUCCAGGUGUUUACUGCAACCUGGAGGGAAGAUCUUUCCUCAGUAUGUGCUGAUGUUUGGGAUGCUUGUGGAAUCACAGACACUGGUGGAAGAGAAUGCUGUUCAAGGAACAGAAUGUACUCUUGGGUUGAAUAUAGCACCUUUUAUCAACCAGUUCCAGGUGCCUAUACGUGUAUUUUUGGACCUGUCCUCAUUGUCCUGUAUACCUUUAAGCAAGCCAGUGGAACUCUUAAGACUAGAUUUAAUGACUCCAUAUUUGAACACGUCCAACAGAGAAGUAAAGGUACACAUUUGUAAAUCUGGCCAAGUGACUGCUAUUCCGUUUUGGUACCACAUGUACCUUGAUGAUGAGAUUCGGUUGGACACAUCAAGUGAAGCCUCCCACUGGAAACAAGCUGCAGUUGUCUUAGCGAACCCUAUCCGGGUUGAAGUGGGUGAGGAACUUACUCUUAGUGUUCAGCAUCACAAGAGCAAUGUCAGCAUCACCGUCAAACAGUGAAGAACCACUAUCUACUAAAAACAUCAUUUAGAGCAUCAAGUACCAUUCUUGUUUGAAGUUUUGGGCUUGUAAUUAUAGAUGUAUAAAAUCUUAAUUCUUUAAAAUGAUCAAAUAUUUUUCAAAUGUGACAUUAAGAAAGGAUAUUCAAAAGAUUCUAAGUUAAAGAGUAGCAUUAUUUUUGUAUUACUGCUGCAAACUUGCUUUCUGGGAAAGAAUACAUCAUUGGUUUUUUUUAAAUUAGGAAACUAUUUUUCUUUAUAGAGAUUUUAAACAUCAACCCCAUGGUUGUGUCAAGUAAAGCAAUAAUUUAAUGUUUUAGGCAUCUUGACUCAUCAUUGGGAAACACUUAAUAGUAGGCCUCCACAAAAGACUAAGCAUUACUGUAAAUCCCAACCCUACUUCUUUUAAAUACUAAGAGAAUACUUAAAGAUUGAAAGUUAGGAAACAAAUACAUCAUUAGGAGGCAUUUUUUUCCCUGAUCUGUUUCAGUAAAUAAAAAUUAGAAAGCUGACAAAAUUUAAACAUUAAUUCUAAACCAGUAUUAUUGUUUUGAUUUGGAUGCACAGUAAGAAAGAAAUCCCACUUUAAUAAGUAGACUUUUGAAAGAGGGAAAUGAGAUUUUCAAACCUUUUAUAUGCUGUUUUGUCUAUUCUUACUGUCAGUAUUACUACACUACUCAGCUUGAUUUAUUUUUUGUGUGGUUUUUUUUUCUUUUUUUGGUACCUGGAAUUGAACUCAGGACCUAGCAUUUGACAUAUAGGUGCUAUGCCACUGAUCCAUAUUCUUGGUCCCCAGCUUUUUUUUAAAAUAAAUUUAAUUGUUUAAGAUGUACAACAUGUGUUAUAAUACACAUGUAAAUAAAAAGAUUGUGAUAAUGAAGUUAACAUCUAUCAUAAUAUAUACAUUUUUAAAAUUUUUUGUGGCAAAAACAGCUAGCAUUUAGCGUAACUCUCACAGUAUUUUAUUACCUGUUAUCCUUUGUCUUACUUUUCUCGUUGCUGAGACAAAAUACCCAACAUCCAAAGUUAAAAGAGGAAGGUUUAUUUAGCUUGUAGAUGUUUCAGUUCAGUUUGCUGGCUCCAAGGAAGGGUGGCAUGGCAGAAAGGCUUUGUAGAGGAGAAACAUUUCAUGGCAGGCAAGAGGCAGCAACGACAAUCAAUGACCCUCUUUCUGUUCCUUAUAUAUUCAGGCUUCCCACCAUUCGGAUGGAUACCACUCAUACCCUGAUCCUAGCAUCACAUCCUUAAUCCCAGCAUCACACAACCUAGAUCAGCCACCUCUGAAAGUCCCCUGUAUGACUGCAUGAGGCUUUGUGGGAAUACCAUAACAUCCUGGUUUUAUACACUGAUCUUUAGCCUACAUACCUGCUUUGUAUUUCUGAUGUAUAACACUACAUUUCCUACUCAUUGCCAGUAACUUUUCUCGGCCAGUGUUUUGUUUUCUAUCUUUGUAUAUUUCAAUUUCCCAAUGACAAGACUGCAUUCUCUUUUAAAGAAUGAAUGUUUUAUUAUAUAUAUAUAUAUAUAUAUAUAUAUAUAUAUAUAUACUGUAGUUUUUGAAUAUAUUUAUCCAUGGAUGGAUGCCUAGGUUUUUCCAUACCUUACCUGUGUUAAAUAGUGAUACAUGCAUAUGAAGUGCAGGUACCUUUAUAAUGUGGUGAUUUCAUCUCCUUUGAGUGUAAGUCCAUUUUUAUAUUUAGAAAGCUUUGUAGUUUUCAUAAUGACCACUAGUUCCAUCAGCAGUGUAUAGGAGUUCCCUUUUCUCAACACCUUUUGCAGCACUGUCUUUCAGCUUUUUAUAAUAGCUAUCCCAACAGGUGAAGGAGGUAGUAUCUCCUAGUAGUUUUGAUUUGCAUUUUUUUGAUGAUUAAUGAUACUGAACAUAUUUUCAUAUACUUGUUCAUUUCAUGCCUUUUGCCAUUUUUAACAAAAUUGUUUUUCUAUUAAGUUGUAUGAAUCCUUUAUUAGUUUUAUAUAUUAACUUAUUAUAUUGCUUGCAAAUAUUUUCUCCCAACUUGUAGAUUGCUGUGUACACCAUUUUAGCAUGAGGUAUGGUUUCCCUCAGUGUCUGUAAGGGAUUGGUUCCAGACCUUCCCUUGUAAAUGAAAAUCUGUGGAUUACUAUUUGUAUAAUCCAAAUUACCUUUAGUUAAAACAUCUAACAUUGUGUAAAUAGUUACACUCUGUUAUGUAGGCAAUGAUGAAAAACUAAAUGUUCAGUACAAGAUGCUUUCCCCCAGCCCCACAUAUAUUCCUGGUCUAGAGUUGGCUGAAUAUUUACGUGGAAUGAUGAAUGAAGCUUACUUUAGUACCAUUUAUUUCUGUUUCUGUGGCUGAACUUCUGUAUAGUAUCUUAGAAAACCAUCGCUAAGGCCAGUGUCCAGGCCCUUCACUUCUGUGUUCUUGUCUGGGAGUUUGUUUCUGCUCUUUUAAUUUAGGGCUUUUUUAUACUGAGUUGACUUUUUUUUUUUUUUUUUUGGUGUACAAGAGUCCAGUUUUAUCUCUUUUACAUGUGGAAAUCUCUUUUUUAUACUGAGUUGACUUUUUUUUUUUGGUGUACAAGAGUCCAGUUUCAUCUCUUUUACAUGUGGAAAUCUGGUGUUCCAGCAGAAUCUUUCUUUUUUUUUUUAAUUACUGGUAACAAUUUCAUUAAAGGUAGGAAAAGAUACAGGCUCGGCAGAGUGAGUUUAGGCCAAGUAAAAGUAGGAAAAGGAGAAUGCCAUGUAGCAUUGAGGCUGGGCCAUCAUGCAGCAGAGAACACAGUGGCCUCUUGGCAUAACUGUUUUGAAAAGACUGUCUUUCCUGGGUCUUCUUGGUGUCUGUGUCAAACAUUAUUUGACCAUUCGUGUUUGGUUUUAUUUCUGGACUUUUGCCACUGGUCCUUGUGUUUUUAUGACAUACCAUAGUAUUUUGACUACUAUGGCUUUGUAAUAUAAUUUCAGUUUUUGAGCUGAUGUCUGACUUUGUGACCCAGGUUGAUCUUGAAUGCUUGGGCUCACCUGAUCUUCCCACCUGUCUUCUAAGUGAGCUGGGUCUGCAAACUUGUGGGCCACACACUUAGUUCAUAAUAUACUUUUAAACAAGGAGAUGUGAUUGUUCCUGUUUUUGUCUUAGAAUUGUCUUGAGUAGGUGAAUUGUAGGAUUUUUUUUUUCUUUCUAUGAAGAAUGCCAAUUUAGACUUAGCAGAGACUGCACUGAAUUUGUAUUCUUCCAAUUCACAGACACAGGGUAUCCUUCCAUUUGUCUUUUCUUUGUCUUCAAUUUCAGCAGUUUUAGUUUUUCAGUGUUCAUGAAUGUCUUACAGUUUUAACUACCAUCUCAAUUAAAUUUAUUCCUAAGUAGUUCAUGAUGCCACCAUAUGGGAUUAUUUUCUUUUUCUUUCAGUUAGGUUGUAAUUUGUGUAUGAACCAUGCUACUGAAAUUUAUAUCUUGCAACUUUACUGAAUUCAUUUAUUGUUGUUACACUUUUCUGUGGGAUCUGAGUUUUUAAAAAUACAUAUUACCCAGCUUUACUUUCUGUAGAAAUGUUUAUAAUACUGGACAAAAUAAAUUCUGUACCUUAAUUACUAUGAUCACAUAUAUACAUAUAUGAAAUGCAUGUAGGUGUGCACAAAUAUAUAAAGCAAAAGUUUUGAGAAACACCUCAUCCUUGCCAUUUGCAACAUACUAUGUCAUUUUCUUUUUUAUAAUAAAAUAUAAAAAUGAUUCUAAA